GCGCCGCUGUUGAAUUUCAUCCAGCUUUUGCUGUGUAAUAUCUGAUUGAGCUGCGCUGCAACACCAUUUCCUAAAUUGUCUGUAUUUAAACGUUUAUCUAAACUCAAAUCGCAACAUGGAAUACUUGAUCGGGAUUCAAGGUCCAGACUUUGUCCUGGUUGCAGCAGAUAAUGUAGCAGCCAGCAGUAUAAUCAAGAUGAAACAAGAUUAUGACAAGAUGUUCAAGCUCAGUGACAAGAUCUUGCUCCUGUGUGUGGGUGAAGCCGGUGACACGGUACAGUUUGCGGAAUACAUCCAGAAAAAUGUCCAGCUUUACAAAAUGAGAAAUGGAUAUGAACUCAGCCCAGCAGCUGCUGCAAACUUCACAAGGAAAAACCUUUCAGACUAUCUGAGGAGUCGAACUCCAUACCAUGUGAACCUGCUUCUGGCAGGAUAUGAUGAGACUGAUGGUCCAGGACUGUACUACAUGGACUACCUGUCAGCACUUGCCAAAGCUCCCUUCGCUGCGCACGGAUACGGUGCCUUCCUUACCCUCUCCAUCCUGGACCGAUACUAUAGACCAGAUCUGACUCGUGAGGAGGCCAUGGAUCUGCUGAAGAAGUGUUUAGUGGAGCUCAACAAACGUUUUAUCAUGAACCUGCCUUCAUUCACUGUCCGUUUGAUCGACAAGGAUGGCAUCCAUGACAUGGAGAAGCUCCCUGUGGACCCCAAAUGAGCAACUACUGUUAUUCCCUCUAGCCACACACUCUUUUGUACUCUAAAUGUAACCCUCUGUGCUCUAAUAAAUCAUCAACCCUCUGUUAGUUAUAUGCUCUUCUUAUUG